AUAACUGCAUCCCUCUUUCUCACCUCCUUUCUUUCUCUCUCUUCUCUCUUUUAACAAACAGAGAGGAGCAUGAGAAGAAACGCCCUCCUAUUCCCAGUUCUAUUGCUAUGUACAACAACACUGUUCGUCAAUGCCGGAGAACUUUCCGGCGACUAUUCAAAACUCUCCGGCAUCAUAAUUCCUGGCUUCGCUUCAACUCAGCUUCGCGCCUGGUCAAUCUUAGACUGUCCUUAUUCUCCUCUCGACUUCAAUCCUCUCGAUUUAGUCUGGCUUGAUACUACCAAGUUACUUUCGGCAGUGAAUUGCUGGCUUAAAUGCAUGCUUCUGGAACCGUAUAAUCAAACUGAUCAUCCUGAAUGCAAGUCUCGUCCCGAUAGUGGUCUUUCUGCUAUCACAGAGCUCGAUCCCGGUUAUAUAACAGGUCCGCUUUCUUCAGUAUGGAAAGAAUGGAUCAAAUGGUGCAUUGAGUUUGGCAUUGAAGCUAAUGCAAUCAUUGCCGUGCCUUAUGAUUGGAGAUUGCCACCAUCAAAGCUAGAGGAGCGUGAUCUUUAUUUCCACAAGCUGAAAUUGACACUUGAAACUGCCCUUAAACUUCGUGGAGGACCCUCAAUAAUUUUUGCGCAUUCACUGGGUAACAAUGUCUUCCGCUACUUUUUGGAGUGGCUGAAGUUGGAAAUUGCACCUAAACAUUACAUUCCGUGGCUAGAUGACCAUAUCCAUGCAUACUUUGCUGUUGGUUCCCCUCUUCUUGGUGCAGUCGAGACUGUUAAGGCAACAAUGUCGGGAUUCAGUUUUGGCCUUCCUGUAUCUGAGGGUACUGCUAGACUAAUGUUCAAUUCAUUUGGGUCUUCGUUAUGGAUGCUGCCAAUUUCAGAAUAUUGUGGCACAGGUGAUGUAUAUAGACAUCAUUUCUCUUCUUCAACUAAAAAGGGACAGAAUACAUACCAUUGUCAUGAAACUGAGUAUAAGUUCAACUAUUCUGGAUGGCCAACCAAUGUUGUCAAUGUUGAAAUUCCUUCAACGCGAGGGAUCAAUGCUUAUCCUUCAAUUCUAGACGUUAAAGGGGCCAACUCAUCGUCUGAAGAAUGUAGAUUACCUUAUCAGCUGUCUUUUUCUGCUCGUGAAGUAUCUGAUGGAACCUUUUUCAGAGCAAUAGAGGACUAUGAUCCUGACAUCAAGAGAGUAUUGCACCAACUACAGAAGUCAUAUCAUGGUGAUCCGGUGCUUAAUCCACUAACCCCUUGGGAAAGGCCACCUUUACGUAACAUUUUUUGUAUAUAUGGUGUGGACAUGAAAACUGAGGUUGGUUACUAUUUUGCAGCCAGUGGCAAGCCUUAUCCUGACAACUGGAUUUUAACUGACAUCAUAUAUGAGAUUGAAGGAUCCCUAUACUCCAGGUCUGGGAAUCAGGUAGAAGGAAACCCUGGAGCUACAAGUGGAGAUGAGACGGUACCUUACCAUUCUCUCUCUUGGUGCAAGAAUUGGCUUGGACCAGAAGUGAACAUAACAAGGGCACCUCAGUCAGAGCACGACGGUUCAGAUGUACAAAUAGAACUCAAUGUGACGCAUCAUCACGGAUCAGAUAUAGUACCAAAUAUGACAAGGAUGGCCCGGACCAAAUAUAUAACAUACUACGAGGACUCCCAAAGUCUACCCGGAAAGAGAACAGCUGUUUGGGAGAUUGAUAAGGCAAAUCACAGAAACAUUGUUAGAUCUCCGGUUCUGAUGAGGGAGUUGUGGCUUGAGAUGUGGCACAAUAUCCACCCUGAUGCAAAAUCCAAUUUUGUUACUAAAGCAAAACGCGGACCUUUGAGAGAAGAUGACUGUUAUUGGGAUUAUGGAAAAGCUCGGUGCGCAUGGCCAGAGCAUUGCGAAUAUAGAUAUCUUUUUGGAGAUGUCCAUCUUGGGCAGAGUUGCAGGUUAAAGAAUUCUUCUGAUGAUCUUCUUUUACAUUAUCUAUAGACUACAAGGAACUCUAGUCUUUGAAAAAUGAGAAUCGUGAAUUACUACUACUUGUCAAUUUAGAGGAGGAUCAACUCAAAAUAGGAUAGACAGGAUCUAACAAGGACUGAAUGUAAUAUCUUUUUGUUGGCGACUUCUAAUGCUCAUCUUGGAAAUUUGGUCUAGAAAUUAUCUCCCCAUAAAGAAAAAGGAAUGAAUAAAAUAAAGAAAACCUUCCUUAGGAGCAGCAAUAUUAUUUAGUAGUGUGUGUUGUAAAUAUGACUUAACCAUGCAGCAUGUUCUUUGCUUUAACUUUUCUGCCUUUGAUUUUGAUUCUUGACAUAAAUGGAGACCAUGCUAGAAUAUGAUUGAAGUAAUUGGGAUAUGUA